GCCGCUGCCGCGGGCCUUUCGGGCGCCUCAGGGGUGGGCGAAGCUCGUCCCGCCUCAGAUGCGCCUGCCGCCCCCGCGCGUGCCCAUGUUCGCGAUAGUGGGCGCCCUCCUGGCCCAGGGCCGCCUCGCGGAGGCGACCUUCGUAAGGCUCGCGUUCGACGCGUGCCUCCGCCCGAGCGAGGCCUGCCGCCUCGCCGCCGCCUCGCUGAUCGCUCCGCGGCUCGGGUCGAAGGAGGGCCACCAGCGCUGGGCCAUCCUGGUGAACGACGCCGCGAGCGGGGGGCCUGGCAAGACGGGGGUCACGGACGAGAGCGUGAUCGUCGACGACCCGUCGCUGUGGCCGCUGCUCGACCGCCGGGCCUUCAAGGCUGCCCAGGCGAUGCUCCAGCUCGACGGCGAGCAGACGUCGCUGUGCUCCCUGCGCCGCGGGGGAGCGUCAGACGACCUUCUGUCGGGGCGUCGUCGGACGCGGAAGGAGGUCAAGGACCGCGGCCGCUGGAAGACGGACCAGUCGUUGAACCGAUGCGCCAAGCGAGCUCGGAUGCAGCAGCGUCCGGGGCAGCUCGCGGUAGCUCUGGAGUUCGGGGGCCGGGUCGAGGCGAACUUCUUGCAACUGAUGGGGGAGAAGGCGCGGACGGGCAUCUUCUCGUUGCAGCUGCCGCCGCUUCCCCCUGCGUCCGCGCCGCCAGUGGUGAGGUCGGCGCCCGCGCUGACCGACCAGUGGAGCUUCGUUUGA